UAAAAUUAUAUAAGCAUGUCUUUUUUAGGUUCUCAAUAAAAAAUUUAUCUUUAGUUAUGGCUGAAAAACAAGCUACAUUUUCCAUUAUACCUAAAAUAAUUAAUGGAGGUAUUGCAGGACUUAUCGGAGUAACGUGUGUCUUUCCAAUAGAUUUGGUGAAGACCAGAUUACAGAAUCAACAAAUUGGACCUCAAGGAGAAAAGAUGUACGCAAAUAUAUUAGAUGCAUUUCAAAAAACCUUUAGAACGGAAGGAUUUUUUGGAAUGUACAGAGGAGCUGGAGUUAAUUUACUAUUAAUUACACCAGAAAAGGCAAUAAAACUAGCAGCAAAUGAUUUUUUUAGAUACUAUUUAUCAACUGAAGGGAUAUUGCCAGUAUAUAAACAAGUCAUUGCUGGAGGUUUGGCAGGUUUGUGCCAACUGAUUAUAACAACACCAAUGGAACUUCUAAAGAUUCAAAUGCAAGAUGCGGGAAGAGUUAAGGCGGCUACAGAAAUACAGAGUAAAGGACAGAAGAUAAACAUAAUUGAAAAACCAACAGCUACCAAAUUGGCUUUAAAUAUAAUUAAAACUGAUGGCUUCUUUGGAUUUUAUAAAGGUACUGGUGCCACUGCCUUGAGAGAUGUUUCAUUUUCCAUGGUAUAUUUUCCUCUUUUCUUUGCAUUGAAUGAACUAGGACCUAAAAGAGUCGAUAGUGAUACAGUCUUUUGGGCUACUUUUUUUGCUGGACUAGGAGCUGGUUCAGUUGCCGCGUUAAGUGUUACUCCUUUUGAUGUUGUCAAAACAAGACUUCAAACGGCAAAGAAAGCAGUAGGAGAAGAUACUUAUACAGGAAUACCAGAUGCUUUUAGGAGAAUAUUUCUACGAGAAGGCCCAAAGGCAUUUUUUAAAGGAGGAUUUUGCAGAAUAUUGGUGAUCGCUCCGCUCUUUGGUAUAGCUCAAACAGUGUAUUUUUUGGGUAUUGCUGAAUGGUUGCUUGGUGUUGACAAACACGGAAUAUUAAGAGAAGAGCAUAAAACCAAAAAGGAAUAAAAAGCAUCGUUUAAAUUUUUCACUAUAUUAACUUUUACAUAAUAUAUGUAUUAACGUGAUAGUUUUUUAUUAUUUC